AUGGAUGCUGGGGAGUCCUCCUUGUGUUUGUCGGCGGCGAAUAGGAAAUGCGGCGCGCGAUUGGCUCUGCCCGCCUUUAUUGGAAUAUCUCAACGUUCGCUCCAAGGCUCUGUUGGAACGGCCUUCUGUCCCUUUCUUUUUUCGUUAGCAACUUUUGACGGUUUUGGAUCGCCUGAAACAAAUGGGCAUAGGAGUUGUAAGUAUAGCCAGUAUGGGUCUUUCUUGGAUGCCCUAGGGACUGGAAUCACGGUAUGCGGCGCGGCAGGCUCGUUCAAAAGCAAAAUGGGAGGGCGGCGGCGGAAAGACCAAAUUCAUACACUGUAUAUGUAG